AUGUCUAAUUUUACAGUUGUCUGGCUUCUUUUCACCAGGCCCAAUAAGGAGAAGGCCAUGACUCCCCAGCCAGCAGGGCCCACCAGUAAGUUGGCCCAGUACCCUACACUGCAGCACUCCUUCCUUACGGACAUCUCUGAUGUGAGAGAGAUGGAGGGAGGCCUCCUCAACCUGCUCAAUGACUUCCACUCCAUAAAAUUGCAGGCUUUUGGGAAGGUGUGCUCCUUUGAGCAACUGGAGCACAUGCGUGAGAUACAAGAGAAACUUGCAUGGCUACAUUUCAGUCUGGACAAAGAAGAGGACGAUAUCCGUUACAGCCAAGCCUAUCUCUAA